AUCGUCGAACGCAGUGCCCCUCUCAGGAACGUAGUCGUACUAAUCAGUAAGUGAUUGGCAACGAGUUAAGCGAGACAAGUGAUUAAAAAAUGGCAUCCGCGACGACGUCGCACAAUGAGGUUUCGCAGCAAUUUUCUGUCAACAAACUCAUUCGCGUUGGUUAUUACGAAUUGGAGAAAACAAUCGGCAAGGGUAAUUUUGCCGUUGUCAAAAUGGCAACCCACGUUGUAACAAAAUCCAAGGUGGCUAUAAAAAUAAUAGAUAAAACAAAAUUGAACGAGGAGAACUUGGCGAAGAUAUUCCGCGAGGUACACAUAAUGAAAAGGUUGAGGCAUCCGCAUAUCAUCAGAUUAUAUCAAGUGAUGGAAACGGAAAAGAUGAUAUAUUUAGUAACGGAAUAUGCUCCGGGUGGUGAAAUAUUCGAUCAUCUUGUAAGGAAUGGAAGAAUGCCGGAACCGGAAGCCAGGAGGAUAUUUCGUCAAAUUGUUCUCGCUGUCCGUUAUCUACACCAACAAAGAGUGGUUCAUCGAGAUCUUAAGGCUGAGAAUUUGUUACUUGACGCAGACAAUAAUAUUAAACUCGCCGAUUUUGGAUUUAGCAAUGAAUAUACCCCGGGUGUACCGUUGAACACUUGGUGCGGUUCACCACCGUACGCAGCCCCAGAAAUUUUCGAGGGAAAACAUUACGACGGGCCGCGAGCCGACGUAUGGAGUCUUGGCGUUGUCCUUUAUGUGUUAGUGUGCGGCGCAUUGCCAUUCGACGGUCCUACAAUGCAGUUAUUACGCUCCGUUGUGAUCUCAGGAAAAUUCAGAAUUCCCUUUUUCAUGUCUGCAGAAUGCGAAAAAUUAAUCAGGCAUAUGCUGGUGGUAGAACCGGAAAGACGUUUGAGCAUUUCUCAAAUUUUAGCUCAUUCUUGGAUGGGCGGCGACGGUUUAGCGGAACCAGAACCUGGAGGGUGCAGUCCUGAAACAGCUGUUCCACCCCAGUUGAAUCAAUUAGUUAUAGAAAAUAUGCUUAGAUUACCUGGGCUUAGUGCUGACACAUUGUUAAAAGCAAUUCAAGGAAAUGCGUUCGAUCAUGUCUCAGCGAUAUAUAAUUUACUAGUCGACCGAUUGGAACCCACGAUGUCUGCCUUACCUACUAUACAAAAUAUUCCAGGCGAUUAUAUGCCCGAUGGCGCGCAUCAAUUGGAAAAGUUUGGGGAAGCGGAGGCAGAAAGCGAAGAGAGAAGCGGUCUUCAAUUAUCACCCGAUACACCAUAUCACGCAACUCGAAGGCAUACAGUAGGACCCGGUGACACGACGCAUCAACCACCCACGUCAUAUCCUUACGCUUAUAACCAUACUCCAGGAUAUCAUACAUUGCGGCCCCUCCCCAUCUUACAGUUCAAUAACGAUCCCCAAGUUUUGCCACAUACAAAUUUACCAUUGAAUCUUCCAUUGGUUCAACACCAACCACCUCAGAAUUUCCAAAUCAAGGAUCAACAUUUAUUAAAGCCACCACCCGUGAUGGGUGCUACAGGAAGUUUUGGACGAAGAGCCUCCGACGGAGGAGCCAAUCUUCAUGUUUUUUAUCAACAGCACGGUAGUGGUACCAGCGGCGGAGAGAACGGUGGAUGGAGUCAACCUGGUAGUCGUGAACACUUGCAGCCUUUACAACCUGGGAGCCCGUCCUUGGUACAAUGCACACAAUCGUCGACUGUUACCAGUGGUACUGGAAACGGAGAUGGAAAUGGCAGUGGUAAUGCAAGCGGAACUGGUACGAGCGAUAGAAGACGACGAAGUGGGCUAACUGCCGUCAUGCAAAGACCAGUUAUAAAUCCGGAACUGGUAAUGGAGGUGGAAGCUAGGAUGAACAGAGCUUACCUGCCGUCACGAUUAUUACCGAGUCAUCUUAGAGGCCCGACACUUCCACACCACAGGAAAACUUCGUUGUAUCACGCUAGUGCUGGAAGUAGAGAUUCGUACAAGGAGCCAAGUAGUCAUGUAGCAACGGAGAGAUACUCGCCGGUUCGUCGUGCAUCGGAAGGAUCGGGUCCACCGGGUCCUGGGAUACAAGCGCUUCAACAAGAGUAUCAACAGUUGCAGAGGUUAGCGUCCCCUUCGCACAGUCCCGCUAGUAUACCAGGGUCUCCGGUGCACGAAAGAGGCGUAGCAGCCAUCACGCAAGGUUUGAGCGGUUUGACGACUGCACCCGUACAAGGUAGUAUAGUGCACGGUACUCCUGCGCAAUCACCGGCCACGCCAUUAGAUUUAAGUCCCUUAAGACAUCAUAGAUCACCGGCUACAACACCUGUCAGUUAUUCGCCUAGCAAUAGCCCUGCUUUGGAUAUGAUUCAAGAAGAGCAUCCUGUAGAAAUACCAAGAGUACCGCCACAAAUUUCAGUGACAGACGUUCUUGGAGGGCAAGUGACAUUGAUCAAUUGUUCACCGUCUCCGUCUCCAUCGCCAGAUUCGCUCGAAGACGCAUUGCCGCAUUAUAACACUCUACCGAGUUUUAUCAUUUCAGAACCGUGCGAUCCUUCGAGACCUAGUAUAACGCGUGGUAUCGGUAGACCACUCAAUACAGCAAUACCCGCCGAAGUAGAGGUCACUCUUUCGGACGAAUCGAGUAGAUUAAAUUCUGAAGCCAUAUUGGGUCGUGUUAAAGAGAUCAUAGACGCUAGAGCUCCGCCCAAAGGUUUUAUCUUUUCGAGGGAGGAGGUCGAAGGUGGGGGAUUGAGUUUAGAAUAUCCCGGUGGUGUUCAAAUCGAACUUAGAGUGUGCGAAUCCGAAGAGAGAGAAGUAAAGGGGAUUAAAAUGCGAAGAAUUAGCGGGGACCAAGUACAAUACAGCCAGCUUUGUCAGCAGUUAAUUUCUUGCAUCACUGUUUGACGGCAACCAGCUCGUAUCGUGUUGACGCUUUUUUUAUGUAUUAUAAUACAUUCCUGGUGCCAGAUACACCGCUCCAUACAGUAUUGCGCGUGCAUGCUGCGUAUAAGCCAACGGUACUCGAACGGUAUCGCAGCUUAUAUUAUAACAUUUGUACGUCUAACGCUUAUUAUACUUUGAAUUUUUUCUUUUUUCUUUUCUUUUCUUUUUGUUCAUUGUUGUCUUUGACGUAUGCAAGGGUUACGUCCAAUAUCAUUGAUUUGUAUAUAGUAUGGAAUUUAAGAAGGAUGCGUCGAAGGUCGAAUUUGUUUUAAAACGGUCAUACCGCUAUUCUACGUAUCCGUUGUCGCAGAUCGGAUCAUUUCUUCUCCUUCUUUUCUCUUCUCUUCUCUUCUCUUCUCUUUUCUUCUCUUCUCUUCUCUUCUCUUCUCUUCUUUAUUUUAGUUCAUUUUCCUUCGUUGUAUCUCGUUAUUUCUAAGAAAUCUGAGUAUUAGACAAAUUUACAAGAGAUGUAAAGGAAUUUCGAUGAAAGUCUAAUCGCCGAUAUGUAUGUACAUCACACGCGUGCGCGCUCUCCACACACCAUACCGCACACACAGGCGCGCGCGCGCUCUCUCACACACACACACACACACAUCAUUCCUUUUUGUAGAAUAUAUCGAUCGAUGUUGAAAAUGUAUAGGUAGUUAAUGUAUAAUUUACUGCGCCAAUUUUAUAAACACUAGCGAUCCCCUUUUAGUUGAAAAGAAGAAAAAAAGAGAGCGAAGGAAAAGCAAGAUUAAAAAGCAAGCUGUUCGUUAUCCAAGAAAAAGAAAGAAAAGAAACAAAUGAAAACGUCAGCGUACACGGCCAGUCAAUACUCUUUUCGAUCGUUCUCGUAAGAAUUUGUAUAACGAAGCUCUUCCUCGUGCGUCGCUCAUUGGAACUAAGAAAGAGCUCUUUUUUUAAUAUCAAUGAUUGAUAUUAACUUGAAGAUAUUGUGAAAAAAAACAAAAACAAAACAAAAGAAAGAAAAGAAAAAGUAUUGGUCCUUCGACGCAUUGUACCUGUUGGACAGACAUCGGUCUGCCAUUUGUGCGUAAACUACGCGAUCCUUGUAAAUCUUUUUUUGUAAUCCGUGAAAACGUAUCUUUUAUGGUUUGAGAACCAUGCAGACUGAGUUAUGAGUGUUUUUCUUUUUUUUCUUUUUUUUUCUCCUUGUUCUUUUUGGAAAAAAAGUCACACGAUGUAACACGAAGGAUUUGAUUGCGACGAUUUAUAUUGCGAGAAUUCGAUUAAGCGCUCGUCGGAAGGACGUGUUUGUAUCUUUAUGGGGAAUGCAUAUUCUCUUUCUCCUUUCAGCGUUUUUGUGUAAAUCAUUUAUGUAUCCGCGUAGAAGGAGGGAGAUACAAAAAGUUUGAAGGAGAACAUACUCUUAGCUACGUGUUAGCAUAUAAAUGCAAAAAAGGCUGUACAUUGUCACUAGAAUACCGAAAGAAUAGAAUUAUUUAAAUUA